AUGACGUUCAUCAAUACAAGCGAAAUACUGGGCGAUUCAUUGGAGGAUUGUAUUCACAAACACAACGAUACAAACACAAUUUGGGUAUUAGAAUCGGCCAUUAAAGGUUAUCUUUACUCGAAGAAAAGUAUCGCAAUCGUUACAAUCGGAAUGCCUCUCAUCUUUCUCAUCGGUUGCCUAGGAAACGCUUUGACUAUACUUGUUCUUUGUACAAGAAAGAUGCGCUCUGCAACGAACUGCUUUCUUAUCAAUCUGGCUAUUGUUGAUAUUUUAUUCCUUUCCUCUGUUGUACCGCCGAAGUUCAUCUCAUAUCUGUUGGCCCCGACUCCAUUUCAGUACGACUUCACUGUACUCGGUGGUAAAGAGUGGGUGUGCAAGCUGAUUCGGUUUGUUCCUCGAUUCACGCAGAACAUGUCGUGUAUUUUGAUUCUUGUCAUCACCAGCGAAAGAUACAUGGCUAUAUGCUGCCCUCUACGGUGUCGUAACUAUCACACGCACGCCGUAGCUGCUCGAGUCAGCUGUAUCACCUGGUUGAUGACGCUGGUUUAUUCUUUACCGCAUUUAUGUUACGCCGUGGUUACACGCCACCACAUGUGCUGGCCGUCCUCGUACAACGUAACCAUACUACCGCAGUCAGUCUUAAUGUGUAAAAGCUGCGAGGCCGAGCGCUGCUACACAAUAAACUUAUUUGGUAAAAUUGAUGAUGUGAUUUUGCUGUGUGUUGCACCCGUCUUGUCCAUUCUAUACGUGCUAAUGUUUCUGAAAUUGCGGAGUUUUGCGCGUACCUUUCGAAGAAUUUCAGCAAAUGGUCCCAACAGAGCGAAUCGAGUAUCAGCAAGAGUCAAAAAGCGGUUGCUAUUCAUGCUUGCUGGGACAGUUGUGACUUAUAUCGCAUGUGUCGGCCCAUUCAGAAUGUUGGAUUUGAUGAGGCUGCACCGAUACGAAAUGCCGAAGGAUACGUACAACACGGUGCUCGGAAUUUGCCGUAUGUUGCUCUACCUGAAUUCCAUGAUCAAUCCAUUCAUAUAUAGUAUAUUUAACAAAACAAUGCGGUUGGCUUAUUUGAACUCCCUGAAAUGCCAUCGACGAGGUUAUUGA